AUGCCGAGGGGCUUCCUGGUAAAGCGAACUAAACGGACAGGCGGCUCAUAUCGAGUGCGCCUAGCUGAGCGGGUUUUCCCCCGGCUGGGGCCCCAGGGGGCGCCGCCCUUUCCCGAGGAGGUUUCCAGCGCCCCCCAGCCCGGUGCGGAGCAGGUGGCAACCCCCACCUUGGAGGAGGAGGCGGCGGCCCGGGAACUGUCGGGGUCGUCCUGUCGGGCGGCUAGGGUGAGCCUGGGGGAGGGGGGGCAGGAAGGUGCUGCGGAGUGGAGGGCGGAUGGUAGGGAGGGUCCAGGGCCCAGCCCCAGCCCCACGAAGCCGGCAGGCGCGGAGCUGCGCCGGGCAUUCCUGGAGCGCUGCCUCAGCUCACCCGUCUCUGCAGAGUCCUUCCCCGGGGGUGCCGCCGCGGUGGCUGCUUUCUCUUGCUCGGCGGCGCCAGCAGCUGCACCGACCUCGGGGGAGCAGUUCCUGCUGCCGCUCCGGGCACCGUUCCCAGAGCCAGAGCUCCAUCCAGACCCUGCGCCCCUCUCGGCCACCCUGCACGGCCUGAAGCGGGCCGCUGGCAACGAGCGCCGUGCCAAGGCCCCUCCGGGCUGCACGUCUGGACCUGCGGCCGCCGGAGUCAAGAAGCCAAAGGCCAUGAGGAAGUUGAGCUUCGCCGAUGAAGUGACCACAUCCCCCGUCCUGGGCCUGAAGAUCAAGGAGGAGGAGCCCGGAGCACCGUCCCGGGGUCUGGGGGGCAGCCGCACGCCACUGGGGGAGUUUAUCUGCCAGCUAUGCAAGGAGCAGUACGCAGAUCCCUUCGCUCUGGCUCAGCACCGCUGCUCCCGCAUUGUACGCGUCGAGUACCGCUGCCCGGAGUGCGACAAGGUCUUCAGCUGCCCUGCGAACCUCGCCUCCCAUCGCCGCUGGCACAAACCACGUCCCGCAGCGGCAAAUGCCGCCACAGUCUCUUCAGCCGACGGGAAGCCUCCUCCUUCGUCUUCCUCCACCUCCCCAGACUCUGGGGCUGUUGCAUCUUUCUUGGCGGAGGGGAAGGAGAACAGCCGGGCAGAGCGAGCGGCCGAUCAGCACCUGCAGGCGAGGGACAGCUCCAGGGCGGAGCACCAGGACAGCGCCCCACACCAGGGCCUCCAGGUGCUGUCCCACCCCGAGCCACCGCUGCCUCAGGUCCCCUUUACGGAGGGGGUGUUGGGGCGCCGGGUGCCUGGGCCAGGUAGUGCCAGUGGUGUCGGGGGAUCCGAGAUCUUCAUGUGCCCAUAUUGCCACAAAAAGUUCCGUCGCCAAGCCUAUCUGCGCAAGCACCUAGGCACUCACGAGGCAGGCUCUGCUCGUGCGCUUGCCCCGGGCUUUGGCUCCGAACACGGUGCCCCACUCGCCUUCGCUUGCCCCCUGUGCGGGGCGCACUUCCCGUCCGCAGACAUCAGGGACAAACACCGGCUGUGGCACGCGGUCCGCGAGGAGCUGCUCCUGCCUGCUCUGGCCGGGGCGCCCCCAGAAGCGCCGAAUCCAGGCGGAGCAUCCGACGGGAGUGCUCAGCAAAUUUUCUCGUGCAAGCACUGCCCGUCCACUUUUUUUAGCUCCCCGGGGCUGACCCGGCACAUAAAUAAGUGCCACCCCUCAGAAAGUCGGCAGGUACUGCUGCUGCAGAUGCCGUUGCGGCCUGGCUGUUGA